AUGAAAACAGAAUGCUUAUACAGUUCUAAUCACAAUUCUUUGAUGAAAAAUCAAUUACUUAAAAAAAGAAGACAAACUUUUACAUAAUAUACCACAUCUUCUGAAACAAAGGAAGAAUUUUUAAACAGAUAAAAAGAUUAUGAUAAAUUAUAUAAAUACUCCUACAAUGUUGAAUAGAUCCCAAAAAAUAUCAAGUAGAAACACCAUUCUAAUGGUGCCAAUGAAAUUACAUAAUAAAUAAUUGAAAAAAGGGAAAAUUAUGGGAAAUAUUUCCUUUAUAAAGACCAUCAAUUAGAGCAUUAAUAAAGAUCAAUUGAAAUUAUAGCUGAACUUUUAAGGAAAUAGAAGAAACUUAUAACCGAUAAAUAAAUUCCAAUAGAAAAUAAGGGAAAAUAAUAUAAUUUGAUAAUGAUCCUAGUGAUUGUCUUUCCUAUUCUAUGCAUUUUGACUGUUAUGGCUGAGCUUUGA